UCUUCGUAGGUGACGGAAUGGGUGUUGCCUCACUCUCCACCGGACGCAUCUUCAAGGGUCAACGAGCGGGUCGUUCGGGUGAAGAAGAACAGCUCAGUUUCGACAACUUCCCCAACACCGGCAUGUCGAAGACGUACAACACUGACCGGCAGGUGCCUGAUUCAGCUGGCACAGCUACGGCCAUGUUUUCGGGCGUCAAAACGCGAUACGGUGUGCUUGGUGUGGAUUAUACCAUCACCGAGACGAACCUCGAAGCGGCCAAGGUGUCCUCCUUUAUGGAGUGGGCCCAAGCAGAGGGUCGUCGAACGGGCAUCGUGACAACAACGCGUGUCACGCACGCAACCCCAGCCGCGUGUUAUGCACACACAAUCAGCCGCAACUACGAAUGUGGAGCCAAAAUCCCAGCUGGACUGAAGAACCGCAUCAAGGACAUCGCACGGCAGAUGUUGGAGGACACGCCGGGCAAGAACUUCAACGUCGUGUUGGGUGGUGGCCGGAACCACUUUGGAUCACCGAUGCCAUCACACCUUAAGGCCGAGUACCAGUUCAAGGGUGCGAUGGAAAAGACGUGUCUUCGAACGGACGGGCGCAAUUUGGUUGAGGAGUGGAAACUCCAGAAGAACGGAACCGAAGCUGCGUUCGUGUGGAAAACGGCUGAUUUACAGGCGGCUCGGUUGGAUCAGGUUGAUCAUCUGUUGGGGCUGUUUGCGGAUGAUCACAUGAGCUAUGAUGCAGUUCGUGAUCGUAGCCCGGAUGGAGAACCAUCACUGAGCGAGAUGACGGAAGCCGCGAUCAAGGUACUACAGCGACCAGACUCACCCGGGUUCGUCCUGAUGGUUGAAGGUGGUCGAAUCGAUCACGCACAUCAUCAGAACCACGCUCACUUGGCACUUGCGGAGGUUGUAGAGCUCGACCGAGCAGUCGAGACGGCACUUGGGUUGGUUGAUCUUGACGAUACGCUUAUCAUCGUGACAGCGGAUCAUUCCCACGCGAUGACGUUUAACGGGUACCCUGACAGGGGUAACGACAUCUUGGGCUACGGUAAUCGACCAAACGCGACCCCUUACGAGACGAUCACCUACGCAAAUGGGCCUGGUUUCUUGCAACAUCGCUGGAACGCGAGUCUACUGGCGGAAGAGUCUACCGAUUGGGCGACCUGGGUGAAGCUGGACCAACUCAAUCGUAGUGAGGUCACCUACCGACACCUAUCCGCGUUUCCGCUGGGUGAUGAAACGCACGGUGGAGAAGACGUCGUCGUCUUCGCAUCCGGUCCCGGAGCAAACCUCGUCCGAGGCACGUUCGAGCAGAACUACAUCGCGUACGUGAUGAGCUACGCCGGUUGCAUGGGGCCAGCCAAGCGCCUCAACCUGGCCUGCGACGAUGACUUCCAACGGGAAGCAACAAAGGCGUCUAGUGCGAGCCACCAAUCCGCCAGUAUUAUGCUAGUCAUGAGCGCCAUUGCCGCGUGGGUUAGGCAACAGUAGCUCUUAAGCGAACAGGGUAUUUCUAGCCGUUAAGGACAUCCGUUAAGGACCACCGAUGACCGUACGAGUCGGAUGCAGGUGCUUCCGAAUGCGAGAGAGCCACAGAGUCUAUACGCAGGUGAAUUUAUGCGAACAAAGCGCAUUCUCAUGGUGUGAGUACCCGAGUGUGGGAUGUAAACCCGGUUGCUAAAAGUGUACGAAACGCCAUGGACAUCUGUUAUACUGCAGGCACUAAUGGCGCGUAAUUUAAGGCAAUUGUAUUUCCAAAAUCUACUACUCACCAUCCUACCGGGUCAUGUGUCUCAAUUGUUAUACGUUAGGGUGAUGUGUGUAAAGGUGCUACACAGCAAGCAUGUAAUUA